GCAGGCUGCAGGAGGAACAGUGGAGUUUCAAUCACGCUGAGACAUCUGAACUGGGUUCAUGAAAAGAAGAGCACAAAGAGGAAGCAGUAGAGAAGUAAAGUCCAGCAGGGGCGGUAUGCGCAACACACUGCUGCAGACUGCCGUUAAACAAAGAAGAAGAAGAAGCGCUGAUGUGUUUCCGGGUCAGCUGUGAUUGGCUGACGCUCCUCUGAGCUGCUGUGGAUCAAACGCUCCGACAGACGGAAGUUUGUGUGGCUGCGUGCUGCAGUCUUCACCUGUCAUCUGACCUGCUGACUGAGCGCGCUCAGUAGGGGGGUUCCCCUCCACACACACAGAUUUUGGUUUUAACACACGGAUCACUUCAGACUGCCAUCAUGGUGUUAGCCGACCUGGGCAGGAAGAUCACGUCAGCGCUGAGGUCGCUCAGCAAUGCCACCAUUAUCAAUGAAGAGGUGUUGAACGCCAUGUUAAAGGAGGUGUGUGCUGCUCUGCUAGAAGCCGACGUCAACAUCAAACUGGUCAAACAGCUGAGAGAGAACGUCAAGUCUGCCAUAGAUUUGGAGGAGAUGGCUUCAGGUCUGAACAAGAGGAGGAUGAUCCAACAUGCCGUGUUCAAGGAGCUCGUCAAGCUGGUGGACCCCGGUGUGAAGGCCUGGACUCCCACAAAAGGAAAGAACAACGUCAUCAUGUUUGUUGGUCUGCAGGGCAGUGGGAAAACAACAACCUGCUCCAAGCUCGCCUACUACUACCAGAGAAAAGGCUGGAAGACCUGCCUGAUCUGUGCCGACACCUUCAGAGCCGGCGCCUUCGAUCAGCUCAAACAGAACGCCACCAAAGCCAGAAUCCCGUUCUACGGCAGUUACACAGAGAUGGACCCGGUGGUGAUCGCUGCAGAGGGCGUCGAGAAGUUCAAAGCCGAGAACUUUGAGAUCAUCAUCGUGGACACGAGCGGACGACACAAACAGGAAGACUCGCUGUUUGAAGAGAUGCUGCAAGUCUCUAAUGCUGUGCAACCAGACAACAUAGUGUACGUAAUGGACGCAUCGAUCGGUCAGGCCUGUGAGUCUCAGGCGAAAGCAUUCAAAGACAAAGUGGACGUGGCGUCCGUGAUCGUCACCAAGCUGGACGGACACGCUAAAGGAGGAGGAGCUCUGAGCGCUGUGGCAGCCACCCGGAGUCCCAUCAUCUUCAUCGGAACAGGAGAACACAUCGAUGACUUCGAGCCGUUUAAAACUCAGCCGUUCAUCAGCAAACUGCUCGGAAUGGGUGACAUCGAGGGUUUGAUUGACAGAGUGAAUGAGCUGAAACUGGAUGAUAACGAGGAGCUGAUCGACAAACUGAAACACGGUCAGUUCACCCUCAGAGACAUGUACGAGCAGUUCCAGAACAUCAUGAAGAUGGGACCCUUCGGACAGAUCAUGGGGAUGAUUCCUGGCUUUGGGACAGACUUCAUGAGUAAAGGAAACGAACAGGAAUCAAUGGCCAGACUGAAGAAACUGAUGACCAUCAUGGACAGCAUGAACGACCAGGAACUGGACAGUAAAGAUGGAGCUAAGCUGUUCAGUAAGCAGCCCAACAGGAUCCAGAGGGUGGCCCGGGGGUCCGGAGUCGCCACCAGAGACGUCCAGGAGCUGCUGACUCAGUACACCAAGUUCGCCCAGAUGGUCAAGAAGAUGGGCGGCAUCAAGGGACUGUUCAAAGGAGGAGACAUGUCGAAGAACGUGAACCCGUCUCAGAUGGCCAAACUAAACCAGCAGAUGGCCAAAAUGAUGGACCCCCGAGUCCUGCACCACAUGGGUGGUAUGGCAGGUCUUCAGUCCAUGAUGCGUCAGUUCCAGCAGGGAGCUGCCGGCAACAUGAAGGGCAUGAUGGGAUUCAACAACAUGUGACCGCCGACCAAACAGCUGCCUUAAAACAUUAACAAGCUCCGCCUCCUGACAGGUGGGGAUGGGGUUGGGGGCUUCAGGAGAAACAAAGACACAAAUAAAAGCAGGAUGUGGAGUUUGUUGUGUCCUCUGCUGCUUCUCACAGGAAAAUUAAGAUUUCUGCUUUUAGUAAAAACAAAGAGUGGCUUUAAAGGGGCAGUCUGACAUUUCUUCUUCUUCUUUGGACUGCUCCUUUAACCGAUGAAGAGGAGCCGUGAGGAAGAUGUUCAUUAAUUUAAUUCUGUAUAAGAUGUUUGUGUAUAAGAUUUAAACCGAGCAGAAAGUCCGUCCUAAUUGGACGAGGAGACGCCACAUGAUGAUGAUGAUGAUGAAGAUAACAUUAGUUAGUGACAGUAUUUUUGUCAUAUAAUAAACAAUUUGUAUUUCACCAUUUUAAA